AUGACGACAGUUGAUCUGUUACAAGAAUUUGAGCAGAAUUACUCUGUCAGUACGGCCGACAUAACGGCCAAGAUUGGCCAGUUACAGUCGUUGUUACCUUCGGAACGGACUACAGCUAUUAAUGAGAUAAGAAGGCUAUUGUCAGAAGUGGAAGACCUUCUAGAACAAAUGGAAUUGAGUGUGAGAGAAUUAGAAGUGGGAAGGUAUGAUACUUUCUGUUUCUUUGGUUUUCAGGUACAAUAUUGGUUGGAAAUGGCACUAAUUUUUUUAUUUUUAGAUCUUUUUUGCCUAAGAAUGAACUUUACAGCUAUUUUCCACUUGAUAAUGACAUUCUUUUCAGCACAGAGAGGAAUCGCUACGAAAACAGUGUGCGCAGCUUCAGAACGGAUCGUAAGAAUCUGGAGAACGAAUUCAAAAAGGCAGUACAGCGUCUACAGAGAGCUUCAGAUCGAGAUGAACUAUUUGAAGAUGGUUUAAGUGUUGAUCAAGAAGAUCAGUUGAUCGCCAACACAGAACGAUUAGAAAGGACUUCCAGAAAGAUUCAGGAUGCCUAUAGGGUCACGGUGGAGACAGAAGAUGUACGUUUUUGUGAAAAAUGCGAGAAAAUUAGUGGAUUUUGUUAAAGAAUGACGAUUUUGAAUUAUUUUCUGUUUGAAAUUCAUUUUUGUUUAUUUUACGUUGGAGAAGAGGACUUUGGUUUUAAAAUUUGCGUUUUAAGAUUGGCAAUACAGUGCUGGAGAAUCUUUCAUCACAACGUGAAACCUUACACAGAGCCAGAGAUCGUCUUCGGGUUGGAGAUGCGGAAUUGUCAUCGUCAAACAGACUAUUGGGCGUUAUGAUUCAAAGGUUGGUUUUGUUUAUCAAAAUGGCGAUAAAUUUCUUUACAAAUCAAAAAAGGACAAAAAAUUUCUUAAAAAACUAAAUGGCAUGAACUUUUUUUAACGAAACCAGAAAUGGCAAGCACUUUCUUCAUAAAGCAAAACAUGGCAAGGACUUUCUUUACAAAUUAUAAAAUUUUAAAAUUUUUAGUGUUAUAAUUACGUUUUGCACUGUGCAAACAAUUUUCUUCUUUACACAGUGCGGUUUUUGAUUAAUUUUAGGUAAAGCUACUACUGUAAUUUUUAGUAUAGAGUUAUUAAAAGCUAUUAAAGCUAGUUUUAAUAUUUUUGACGGUUAAACAAAUAAGCAGUAAAUUUUUAAAAAAUUGUUGCACUGUGCAACAAGUUUAAAGUUUGCACCGUGCAAAGAAAAUUAAAAUAUAUACUUUUUGUAAUGUCAACGUAUAGAUAAGAUGAAAAAAGGUCAAAAACCGGUCAUUUUAUCUUUUGUUUUAUACUAAUUAAUAUUUACUGACUAAUUCCUUUAAAAGUUUAAAGUUAUAAUAUUUUGCAGAGUGAUCCAAAACCGCCUGAUCUUACUGGUCGUUGCCGUUGUAAUGAUGUUCUUCUUGCUGGUUUUCAUGUACAGAGCGCUUUGA